AGGAUGAUUAUUUAGAUUCCAAUAUGGGUCUCCUAUAUCCUGAGGAGAACCUACCUAUGGGUUUCCCAGGGGGACCAGAUCAACUUCCAAACUUCUCUGAGGAGGCUGAAAUUCCUCCACCCUUGCAGAAGACCCCAAAUCAUCUAGAGUCCCCUGAGGAAGCUGAAUCUUUUUUGCCCCAAGGGGAGGCUCAGGCUCAGCAUCCAGAGCCCCCUGAAGAGACAGAAACAUCUCUACUUGAGCAGAAGGCUCCAUCUCGGCGUCCAGAGUCCCUUAAGGAUGGAAAUUCAGCAAACCCACAAGAGGCCCCAGCUGAGCCUUCAAGUACCCCUGAAGAGGUCGAACCUUCUUCAGUCCAGCAGGAGGCCUCAGCUCACCCUACAGAGGCCCCCGAGGAAGUGGAACCUUCUCCGACCCCCCAGGAGGCCCCUGCUCAGCCUCCAGAGCCAUCUAAGGACAUCAUAUCUCAACUGUUAGCACAUCAUGAAGUAAAUGUGCUAUCUCCAAGUCAGAGUGAAGCUCAGAAGCCAAGCUUCCCCAAUGUCACUGUUAAACCUCUGGAUCUUACCAUAACUCUAACUCAGCCUGCGGAGCACCCUGAGGAGGCUGGACCUACCCCAGUCCAGCAGGAGGCCCCCGCUCAGCCUGCAGAGCGCCUCGAGGAGGUUGAACCUACCCCAGUCCAGCAGGAGGCCCCAACUCUAGUUCCAGAGUUCCCUAUCGAGUAUUUAACUCAACUUGCAAUAAGUGAUGAGGUGACAUCUCUACCUCUAGGUCACUAUCCAGAUUAUUUAAUGUUUCCCAGGGUUAUAGGUAAGCCUUUAGAUGUGGAAUUUACCACAACUGCAGGGCCUGAUAAAGGUGUUGAAUCUUCUAUAGCCCAGCAAGAGGCCCCACCUCAGCCUCUUGAACAUACUGAGGAAGCAGAACUUUCUCUAACCCAGCAAGAGACCUCGGGUAAGCCUCCAGAGGAGGUUGAGCCUUCAAGUGAGCAGGAGACCCCAGGUCAGCCUUCCGAGCCUCCUGGGGUGGUUGAUCCUUCUCUAAGGCAGCAGGAGACCCCAGCUCAGCCUUCAGUGCCUCCUGAGGAACGUAAGCCUUCUCUAAGCAAACAGGAACCCCCAGCUCAGCUUCCAGGCCCUUUUGGAGAAGCUGAACUUUCUCCAACCCAGGAGGAGGCCUCAGCUCAGCUUGCAGAGCUCCUUAAUGAGGCAGAAUCUUCAACCCAGCAGGAGACUCCAGCUCAGUCUCCAGGGGAGAUAGAAUCUUCUGCAACCCUGCAAGAGCAACCAGCUCAGCCUCCAGAGCUGCCUUCCAGGAAGGUGGAACCUUCUCCAACCCAGCAGGAGCACCCAGCUCAACCUCUAUGGCAUCAUAAGAUGACAGUUUCACCUCCAGGUCACUACCAUGAUCAACAUUUAAACCUGCCCAAUGUCAGUUUGAAACCUCCAGAUGUGCAGCUUACCAUGACUGCAGAACCCACUACAGAGGUGGGACCUUCUCCAGUUCAGCAUGAGACUAUAGCUCAGCCCUCAGUGCCUCUUAAUGUGGAACCUUUUGAAACCCAGCAUGAAGCCCCAACUCUGCCUCCACAGUCCCCUGAGGUUGAAUCUUUGCCAGUUCAACAGGAGACUCCAGCGCAAUCUCCAGAAUCUACCACACAGGAGAAACUUCCAACACAGCAGGAGACCCCAGUUCAGUAUCCAGAAUAUCCUGGAGAAGUUGAACCUUCUACAACCCAGCAGGAGGCCCUAGCUCAGCAAUCACAGGCCCCUGAGGAGGGUGAAUCACCCUCAACCCAGGAGAAGGCCCCGACUCAGCUUCCAGAGGCCCAGGAAGAGGGUGAACCUUCCCCUCUCCAGGAGGAGGGCCAGGGUCAGCACCCACAGGCCUCCAAGGGGAGUGAACCACCUACAACCCAAGAGGAGUCCCCAGCUCAGCAUCCACAGACCCCUGAGGAGGUUGAACCUUCUUCAACCCAGCAGGAGGCUCCAGCUCAGUAUCCUCAGGCAUCAGAGGAGGGUGAGCCUUUUCCAACCCAACCAGAGACCCCAACUCAGUAUCCAGAGCCCCUUGAGGGGACUGAACCUUCUCCAGCCCAGUCAGAGGCCACAACUCAGCAUCCAAAUCCCCUUGGGGAAGUUAAACCUGCAACCUAUCAGGAGGCCCCAAGUCAGCAUCCACAGACCUCUGAGGAAAUUAACCCUUCUGCCACUCAACAGGAAGCCACAGCUCAACAUCCAGAGCCUUCUGGUGAGGUUGAACCUUCUCCAACCCAACAGGAGGCCCCAGCUCACUCUCCAGAGCAUCAGGUGGUAACAGUUUUUCCUCAAGGUCAGAAUCAAGCUCAGCUCCUGCUGUUGCCUAAUGUCACUGUUAAACCUGUGGAUUCCUCAGUUACCAUGACCUCAGAAUCCACUAAUGAGGUUGAAGCUUCUCCACUCCGAGAAGAGGCCUCAGCUCAGUCUGGAGUGUCCCCUGAGCAGUUGGAACUUUCUCCAACCCAGCAGGAGGUCCCACAUCAGUAUCCAGCGCCCCCUGAAAAUGUUGAAUCUUCUCCAGUCCAGCAUGAAGUCUCAACUCCACCCGAAGAUUUUCCUGAGGAAACUGAACUUUCUCCAAGCCAGCAGGAGAGCUCAGCUCUGCCUCAAGUGCCUGUUGCAAGUAUAGAACCUUCUCCAAUCCAGCAAGAGGUCCCAGCUCAGCAACCAAAGCCCAAUGAGGGGAUCGAGUCUUUUCCAGUUCAGUAUGAGCAUCCAGCUCAGCCUCCAGGGUCCUCUACAGAUGUUGUAGCUCAGUCUCCAGUACAGCAUGAGGUGACAUUCUCACCUCCAGGUCCAGGUGAAUAUCAGCAUCCAGUGUUGCCUAAUAUCACAGGUAAACCUGUGGAUCUGAGGAUUUUCAUAAGUCCCCAGGCAACUUAA